CGGAGGGAGCAGGCCGGAGACACAGCCCUGAGCCUGGGGCUCUGAAUUACACAGUUUAGUGCUUAAACGUAGCGAUUAUACAGCCAUGUUGGAUCCAUACGUGUGAACCGUUAGCCAAUUCCAGCGCAGCAGGGCGGAGCUUGCCGGAAUAUGGGUGGGAAGUAAAAACAGUAUGGCUGUAACCUGGCGACGAUGAAAAUGAACACAGACCGGUUUACUCUGCCAACAGACGACUAUUUAGCCGAGACCAAUGCGCUCUUCUACCUCAGUGAUGCGGUCACGCAGCUGCUGGAGCACCGAGAGGAGUACACCCAGUUCGGCAUCGUCCGCUAUUUUGCAGAAUACUUUACCAGUGUGAAGAAUGGAAAUCACGUCCUUUUCAGAGAAUUCAGCUACAUUAAAGCUACACCACACAACAGAGCUUCCUUCAUCCACAUCUUCUGGAAGUGCUUCAGACAGAUUGGAAAAAAUGGAGAUUUGCUGACAGUGCUGGAAUACAGUUCGCUGCUUCAGCUUCUGUGCCCAGACUUUCCUGCAGAAAUGGUGCAGAACACAGCCAGGAUUGUUCUCAUGGAUGAUGCUAUGGACUGUCUAAUGUCCCUAUCGGAUUUCAUCUACUCUUUCCAAAUCCAGUUCUACUAUGAAGAGUUCCUGGAGAGUGUGUUGGUGAUUUAUGAGGACCUGCUGGAGGGGAAGAACCCAAACACGGUCAUCGUCCCAACGUCCUCUUCAGCGGAGCCGCUGUCCAGCACGGCCAGUGAGGAGACGGACACGCAGGAGGGGGUGGACUCAUCCGUUUUCCUUGAGUGCAUCAAGGGUCUCUGUGAGCGCUUCAAACACAAACAUCCCUCCAUCUCUGCCAUUAAGGAGGUUCGAGAGAGCAACCCGCGACUGUCCUACUACAGCUUCCUGAUGGCUUUGGCCAAGCAUGAGGGAAUCAGCCAGGACAUCGGGGCCCUUCCGAACAGAUCGGACCUACUCAUAGACCCGGAGAUGGAUCAGGAGCUGGAGAGGCUUGUAGCCCAGGUGGCCAUCAGCCCCACGUCCAACAGCAGCAGCAGCGCAGCCGGACUGAAGGAGCCACCCAAAAAGGCCUCGCCCCGCAAAUCUCUACACCAGCGGCGCAGGAUCGAGAUGGAGAGCGACGGCUCCACUGAGGAGACCGACUCCUCUGAGAACUGACAAAGAAAUUAGUGAUUAUGAUUAUUAAACAGUAGCAGGUAUUUUUCUUGUUUUUUUAAAGAGGAAUCCCACCAUUAUUUCACUAUUUCACACUUUCUGCUCUGCUCUGCUCUAGAGAAACUUACCGAGUCAGAGUUGCUUACAGUGGUGGUGAUAGGAACCAGACGUCUGAAGAGUUUAAUGGCUGUAAAAGCUACAUCACAGAAAUGGUGAUGAAUAUGCUUGAUGUCUGAGAUGUUGCUUUAUCAAUAGUCUUGAAAAUACUAAAGACUAAAGACUAAAAUCAAAAUAUAUAAAAACUCAGAAGACAUGUGUAGGUUCACUGGUGGUUUCGCAUAGUAAAUAAAAUGGCUAUAUUUGUGUUGUAGUCAUGGUGACUCCUGGUUCCUAUCACCACCACUGUAAAGAAAUCAACCAUUUCACACCAAAUUGCUAGUAAUGACCACUGAACUGAAAAAUAUGAAAAAUGAGGUGGAAUUUCCCCUCAGAAAAUUAAGAAGUGUCCUAAAAUGUUUGAUGGCAGUGUAUAUACUAUUUUAUUUUUCCAGACAGUAAAGUGUGUCUGAAAUAGAUGUUUCUGAAUUUCUGAGAUUCACACCACCACAAUUUUAUAUCACUGUAUGCUUUGUUUAAGCGCUAUUUAUUGCUCAUUUUGUUAAUGCACAUAAAAUUAAACCCAAUAGAUGCCUACUA